AUGUCCACCCAUACCAAUCUCCACUCUCCUAAACCGGAGCAUCAUCGUAUCUCUGGUACAUCCCAUACCAAAAAACCACAGUCUUCCUCCGGCUCUCAAGACCAACAAACCCUAAAAUGUCCUCGCUGCAACUCCUCAAACACAAAGUUCUGUUACUACAACAACUACAACCUCUCUCAACCUCGUCACUUCUGCAAAUCUUGCCGCCGCUAUUGGACCCGUGGUGGUGCCUUAAGAAACGUCCCCAUCGGUGGCGGUUGUCGGAAAACCAAAAGAUCAUUCAAACCUAACACAAUAACUCCUUCUACAUCUCAGAGAUUCUACUCUUCAGUCAUGGAAGAUUCCUCCAAGUUCUUCCCUCCUCCAACAACUAUGGAUUUUCAACUUAUGAAUAAUCAAGAAGUUCUUGGUCUUAGGUCCAUGGACCAGGCCGAAACAACACACGUUGAUGUCGGGUCGGGUUUAUCUUUAAUGGGUUUCGGAGACUACAACAACAGCAACAGAAACCAUUCACCGGCGACGUUCACAACCGCCGGAACCCUAGCUACUUCGAUAGAAACUUUGAGUUGUUUAAACCAAGACUUACACUGGAGGCUUCAGCAACAGAGGAUGGCUAUGCUUUUUGAUAACUCUAAAGAAGAGACCGUCGAUGUCGAGAGGCCACAGCCCAUUCUUUACCGGAAUCUAGAGAUGGUGAACUCAUCGCCGACGAAGAAAGGAGAGAAUCAGACAGAGUGGUACUUUGGUAAUAAUAAUGAUAACGAAGGGGUGGUUAGUAACAAUGAUAAUACUAACACAGGAGGAAGUGAUCAAUGGAAUAAUGGAGAUCAAGCUUGGACUGAUCUUAAUCAUUUUAAUGCUCUGCCUUGAUUCUUGGUAAGUUAAAGAAACUCUAUAAUUUGUAUGAUGAACAUUUAAAAUUAUGUGUGUUUGUGAUGUAAUGCCAAAAAGUAUUUAUGUUAAGUUAGCUUUUGUUGUUGUUCUUGUUGGUUACUAUUUUAAUAUUUAAAUUUCAAUUUGUAAGGGUAUCUCCAAUCUAGCUCCAUUUUUUACUUCAAAAUGGAGUAAAAAAUGAGAUGCUCUAACUCAUUUUUUUACUCUAUAACGAAAU